AUGUUUGCACGAAGAAAAUCUAAAGUAGAUUGGAAAUCAGUGGACGGUGCGUUUACUAAACAGAGACGAUUGCAUUUGGUCAAAGACAGAGAUGGGUUAGAUCAUUGUCCAGUAACGGGCUGCGAGCAUCCAGGAUUUGCAAGUCAAAGAGGUUGUCGUAAACAUGUGAAAAUAAAACAUGGUUGGUAUUACUAUUUCGACGAGAAGCCCAAUGUAUCGAUCGACCUUUUCGACACUUCACCGUCUGCUGCGAAUGGAACUAACGAAAAAGCUUCGAGAACAGUUCCUGGCUGCUCUACAGAUAACGAAUUUGCUCGUUCGUUUUCGCAGUGGCUUCAAAGCAGCUGUGGCGGGGGCAAGUCUCGUAAACAAUCGGACAUUUCAGUCACGAGAGCUUUAAAGUUCGUAAAGUUUUGCUGCGACGAGAGUGGCGACGCCGAAGAAGACGUUCUAAGUUCUCCUAAUUUGAUCGACUACGCCUUGGGAUCUCCACAACUGUUAACAAAGUUCGUGGACAGUCUAAAAGAAAAGUGGGGUCUUGGACAAUCAGGACAAAUAUCUUAUGUUGCAAGCAUUUCAGAUCUACUGGAUUUUCGCAAAUUUAGCCGUCCCCCUGCAUCGGUGCUUGAAAAUUUCGCCGUUACCGAGGUUUAUGUGAAGAGAGCGCGAAAGUGCUUAGCGAAGGGAAUGAGAUCAAAUUGGACAACCGAUUUAGACAUAGAAACCCUCGAAUCGCGUAGAAGUUGGGCAACUCUUUCCGAAGUUCAAUCUGUAAUUCCAUUUCACGUGGAACGUUAUGAAUCCGUGUUGGAAAACUGUAUGGCAUGUCCUUCUUCUGUCAAAACUGGUGACGUCACGUUUGCCACCCGAUUCGUAGCCGCUUACAUGUUCCUGAAAGUAAAAGGCUGUCGUCCUAUGACAUACCAGCAUCUAACCUUGCGAAUGUUUGAAAGUGCAAAGAGAAACGAAGGGAUGGUUGAUCAGAAAAUUUUCAAGACGGCUAAAAAGUACGGGUUUGAUAGUGUGUACUUUGACGAAUGCAGCAUCGAGAUAUUGGAAAAAUAUAUAACGUAUAUCAGACCCCUUCUUACACCCACUUGCGAGUAUGUGUUGGUAAAUCGCAAUGGUAAACAAUUUCAAAAACUUACAGAUCUUUUCAGCGUGCUGGUGUUCGAAGCCAUCGGAAAGUACAUUCAUCCGACUAG